AUGAGGUACAUCAUUUGCACUGUAGAUACCACCGUGUUCCCGGCUAACGCCAGUUACAUUGCGGCUGCCUUGAAGAAUUUUUGCACAUUCCUGUCCAUGGGAUCUACCACCGUUGGCUUCGUUCUCUUCCCAGUGUACCAAUCGCAGACAUCAGAACAAGCCUUAGUGAAGCACAGACAUCAACUUGAGCUGGCUUUGCUCAAGGGAGGCCUCUCAGUUAUCAAUUCGGUUCAAGUUCUGUACACCAAACCUGAAAGCGGCGCUUCGGACAAGCGCGCAUUGGCGCAACCCGCAAUGGCCACUUUCCAUAGUCACUUCAGCGAUCACGCGUUCCUGAAGAGCAAGCCUGUUCGCACCGGCACUCUGGGCCCUGUACCCCUCAUCAAGUUCAGUGAGCUUUUGGGCUUUGACGACGUGUCCAAACCCGGCGCCUCUGCGAGAGUGGAGCAGAAGGGAGUGCCUUGCCAUGAGGAGAUGAUCCAAAGCUUGUUGGAUGGAGUCCCCAUUGAUGACAAGGACACUGUCAUCCUGCUAGAUGUGGUUCCGAACAGGUUCAGCGAAUUUGGGCGCGCUGCUGUCAACAUGAACUUGCGCGGCGACGGGCCAACCGUUCACUAUUUUGGUUUGAUUCAGCAGGAGUACAAGACCAACUUGACCGCUGUCAAAUCCAUGGUGUACAAGAAGUGGGAUGAGGACACCAAUUUGAGCCCACCAAAAACACGACCCCUGCGGGAGAGCUCAGCCGCCGCAGCAGCAGUGCCAAGUCUGGACAUUUUGGCUUGGGCCAACGACCGGCCUGUUUUCCCUGCUGUGCUCUUGACCAAGUUUCCAGAGGGCACAGCAGAGCACGCGAGAAUGUUGGAACUGAAGAAAGAUUUUGAUGAGAAGUACCCCGAGGCUUCCCAGCCACCACCAGCGGUGGGCUCCGGAAGAGCUGGUGGGGUCUGCGAUUACAGUGUCGACGGAGGCCGACAUCCACUAGACUGCACCCGUGUGAUCGAUCUCCCGCUCGUUGGAGCUGACAGUUUUGGAGAGACCAGGAAAUCUGAGUGUGCUCUCACAGGCAAGAAACCGGCGAUCGUCAUAUGCGACAGCUUCGCAGUUUGGUUGGGGAACACCACUGACGCUGAUAUGACGCUGGAAGCUGGCGAACUUUUUGGCUUUGGCCGAGGAACGUAUGAGCACAAAGUAGUAGGUGACGCCAAGAGCGAAACCCAUGGAAUCCCAUGGCGCUUGACGAGCGACUUCGACCUUGUCAGCUACAAGAAGGUCAUCAUGCCACUUUGCCAGCUUCUUCGAAAGUUGGCGAUUGACCAGGGCCUGAGUGAAAUUGAAGUUUGCGACCACGUGCUGAAACCACGACUGGCUGAGGAUGGUGUCUUGCCAAUUUGUUUCCGCUAUGUGAUCGCACCGGUGGAGUCGAAGGCGACCAACGUGUUCAAGCCUCAGCCAGCCGGUGAUGGUGGAAGCGACCCUGUCCGCCAUCAAACGUUGGGUAGUAGCCUCGCCGGUAACUUUGACAAGCUGAUCGGCAACAAGCGAGCAAGCCUGGUGUGGGAGGUGGACAUUGAAACGUCGCCGGGGCGACUGGUAGCCACGAAGCCCAAGAUUUAUUUAACGUGCGGCUUUCGCCUGCCGUCCAAAAGCUGGGUGAACCUGUCAGCCUAAUGACCGCUCAGCGUUUUGAGCGCCGCAAGAGGCAAAAGCUGUUACAUGGUGUGGCUCACACUGAAUGCUGCGC